CAGCAGAAGCAGCAGCAGCAGCCGGCCUUCUAUUCGGAGUCGCUUUUAGCGGCGAGUUAGUGGGGUGGAGGCAGUCAUUAGCGCCGCAUGCACCUUCCGACUCUCGGAUCCGACACCUCAAACACGCCAGGAAUCGAAAAAAUGGUUCUUCUGGGAAAUCAGGCCGACGGCUGCGGGCCUUUUUUGCCGUUCUGCGGUUGUUGAAACGCGCAGACUGGAAUGAGCGGUGGAGUCAGCGUCGGCAGGGUGCUGGGCAUCGCCGCAGCCAAGAGAGCCAGACUCUUCUGCUAUCUGCUACUGUGCUCAUUAAUUUUAAUCUUCGUUGCGGCGCACUCCAGAAUGAGCGGCGGGGGCGACGGCGGCGGAAUGCUUCCGAUGUGCCUUCCGCAGACCAAAGUGGGCUUCCUGAAAAUGCACAAAUGCGCCAGCAGCACGGUGCAGAACAUCCUGUUCCGCUACGGUGAGGCCCACGACUUGAACUUCGUGCUGCCGAGCAAGAACAACUACCUGGGCAAGGAAGUGCCGUUUAAUCGGACGCAGAUUGCCGAUGUCCCCUGGAGUGGUAUCGGCUACGACAUUUUCGCCGUGCACACAGUGUGGAAUUUUGCAGAAGUGCAGGCUUUGUUGGGACCUGCUGCCACUUUUAUCAGCAUCGUCAGGGAUCCCGUCGACCUGUUCGAGUCUUUGUACACAUACGCCAGGUGGGAUCAGCUCUUCAAAAUGAGCCUCUACAGGUUUGCACGAGCCGUUUCUUUAAACACGACGAGGAGCCAAGACUUUCUGACAGUUGGCGCCGGCUACUCGGGCCACAAUCAAAUGCUGCACGACUUUGGGCUUCCAGAAAAAGACUCUUACUCGGUCGCUAAGGUGAAGCAGAAAAUCGCUGAUAUUGAGCAAGAAUUCGACCUGGUGAUGGUGGCCGAGGAUCUGGACGCGUCGCUGGUGCUGCUGAGCGAGACGCUGUGCUGGCCCCUGGAGGCGAUGGUGGCCCUGCCGGUGAACGUGCGUUUUCCACAGUACAAACAACCGCUCGACGAGCAGACGAGGGCCCUGCUGCGAGACUGGCUUUGGGCCGACCAAAUGCUCUACCAACAUUUCAAACGGCUCUUCCAUCGACGCAAACACGAAUUCGGCGAAGUGCGUAUGCACGAGGCCAUGCAGCGCCUCCGGAAGCUGAACCACGCGGCGCGCGAGAUGUGCGGCGUGUCCGAGACCAACUUCGACAACGCCAACGCCGACUUCAGGCCGUCCAACAACCUGGUAAAGGGCUACGAGGUCAACCACUUCACCGACUGCAUCAAUAUGGCGCGCAGUGAACUCAGUUACAUUGACAUUCUGCGUAACAAGCAGGUGGAAAAGGCCAAGAACGUGUGACAGACUGCAGCUUUUAUAUUUGAAUUUAUUCUUGCUUGUUAUUACAGUAAAAGAGAUAAUUAAAUAAAAAACAAUUACAUAUUUCAUUUUACUGUAUUGACUAUUAGCAAGAAUAAAGAAGAAUAUACAUUAUCAUAAAUAUAUAGCUUGUAAGUCAUUGUGAUAUUUUUCAAGUCUACAUCAAUACAUAUUGUCUGGUGAACAAUAAAAUACAAAUUUUUAAAAA